UGACGUCAUCAGCAAGUAGAAAGACUCGGCGCAUCAACUGCUCGCUGCACGCUGCUGCAAGUCUGCCGCUGACCUCUGUGCAUCCCAGGACCACCCGUCAGCCUUUCGUGCUGCUCUUUUGACGGAAUUAACACCAUGGGCAGACUGGACGCCUUCCGCCAGUUGAAUUUACUCAAGUGGCUCAGAGAGGAAAGGCAGUCGAGGAAACUUAUUCUCUUUAUUGUUUUUGUGGCUCUGCUCUUGGACAACAUGCUGUUGACCGUGGUCGUACCCAUCAUCCCCAGCUACCUGUACAACCUGGAUGAAUCCACGGGUCAGGCAUUGAACAGCACCUUAUCACAGCAACAUACCACUCCAGGAGCCUUUGACAGGAUCGUGUCUUUAUACGACAACACAGUGAGGUUGUCAGGCUCCAACGCCACAGCCAGGUCGACUGACGUGCUCGUGCCGACACCCACCAUUGCCACAGCUGCUAUCCAACUGCCACAGAACUCCUCCGAUUGCCCGCACUCAACCAGUAAACUGAUCAACGAGAAUGUCAAAGUGGGGAUGUUGUUUGCCUCCAAGGCCACUGUGCAGCUGCUGACUAACCCCUUCAUAGGACCACUCACCAACAGGAUUGGAUACCAGCUCCCCAUAUUCAUUGGCUUCUGUAUCAUGUUCAUCUCUACAAUUAUGUUCGCCUUUUCAUCGAGCUACGCUCUGCUGUUUCUGGCCAGAUCACUUCAAGGUGUGGGGUCCUCCUGCUCAUCUGUUGCUGGGAUGGGAAUGCUUGCAAGUGUAUACACAGAUGAUGAGGAGAGAGGACAUGCUAUAGGGAUUGCCCUUGGGGGUCUGGCAAUGGGAGUUUUAGUUGGACCCCCAUUUGGUAGUGUCAUGUAUGAGUUCGUUGGAAAAACUGCUCCAUUCCUCAUUCUGGCGUUUCUGGCUCUGUUUGAUGGAGCUUUACAGCUUUUUAUACUCCAACCCACCAAAGUAGAACCAGAGACUCAGAAGGGGACACCACUUUUAACCCUCAUGAGAGAUCCAUACAUUGUUAUUGCUGCUGGUGCUAUUUGUUUUGGAAAUAUGGCCAUCGCCAUGCUCGAGCCAACACUGCCAAUCUGGAUGAUGGAGACCAUGUGUGCCAGGAAAUGGCAGCUAGGAGUCGCUUUCCUACCAGCAUCCAUCUCCUACCUUAUUGGAACCUACAUAUUUGGUACACUGGCGCACAAGAUGGGGAGAUGGCUUUGUGCCCUGAUUGGAAUGGUGGUGGUUGGAAUCUGUGUAAUAGGGGUUCCAUUUGCAAGAGAUAUCUAUGGUCUCAUUCUCCCAAACUUCGGGGUUGGUUUUGCCAUUGGUAUGGUGGAUUCUUCUAUGAUGCCUAUAAUGGGAUACUUGGUUGACUUGCGGCAUGUGUCAGUUUAUGGAAGUGUGUACGCCAUAGCUGAUGUGGCUUUUUGCAUGGGGUUUGCGCUCGGCCCAUCCAUCGGAGGCUCCAUAGCUGAAAGUAUUGGCUUCCCAUGGUUGAUGACCAUUAUCGGAAUAGUGGACAUUUUAUUUGCCCCCCUUUGCCUCUUCCUCAGGAACCCACCUGGACAAGAGGAAAAAAUUGCUAUUUUGAUGGACACCAACUGUUCAAUGAAGACAAGAUCCUACUCCACGCAGGGAAAUUACUAUCAAGGUGAAAACAUGGAUCACGAUUAUGAUGAUUAUGACUAAGUCAACUCAGCCACGAAGGAUACCAUGAAGAAGGGUUCAGAGGAUAUAUUUUCUUGUAUAAAACUAAGGAACACAGAAAAAAACACCAAGAAAACCAAGCAGCCAAGAUGUUUUGUAUGUGAAAUUCUUGGCUUCCGACUACUCUGUCCAUUGUCUUAUUAGCGCUUGUACCAAGGCGAACCAAAAUGAAUCUGGAUCUUUGUUUGCAAGCAUACCAUGUCAGAGCCAAGAGCCCUAUUUGCUAUAGACCGCCAUUUUUUUUUCUUCAAAAAGCACUUUUGUAGACAGUAGAAGGGUGCUGAACAAAAUGUUUACUAAUUAUUUCAAAUAGUCACCAAAUUCCUGUCUGUUUGAUGUAAUGCAAAAUACUUUUUUUGUCCCGUGUUUCCAAUACUGCAUGUAAUGUUUUUCCCUCUGGCCUACGUUGCUUAAAAUUGUGGAUGAUUGCGUCAGUGACAGUUAUAUGACCUACUUAUUGAGUGGGAGUCAAACCCAAGACGUGCUGGAUUUGUUAUUGUUUGAAUUAUAAUUGUGUGUUCAGAUAGAACAUGAGAAAUAAA